GGGAGCGAUAGAGAGAGGAAAAAGCAGGGAGGGAGAAGAGAGGGAGAUGAGCAUCUUGCUCCCAAACAUCAAGCAGUGUGACGAUGACAGCGAAAGGCAGACAUAAAGCGGUCCCCUUCCCCCUGGCCCACCGGCUCACCAUGAAGGAGGUGUUUGACGCUGAGGGCCGGCCGCGGGUGGACCUGCUCAAAGCUCACCUCACCAAGGAGGGCCGACUGGAGGAGGCCGUGGCCCUGCGCAUCAUCGAUGAGGGCGCCGCCAUCCUGCGCCAGGAGCGCACUAUGUUGGACAUUGAGGCGCCAGUCACGGUGUGUGGAGAUAUCCACGGCCAGUUCUUCGACCUGAUGAAGCUGUUUGAAGUGGGAGGUUCUCCUGCCAACACGCGCUACCUCUUCCUAGGGGACUACGUGGACAGGGGCUACUUCAGUAUCGAGUGUGUGUUAUACCUGUGGUCACUGAAAAUCCUCUACCCAAAGACGCUCUUUCUUCUACGGGGGAACCAUGAAUGUAGACACCUGACAGAAUAUUUCACCUUCAAACAAGAAUGUAAGAUCAAGUACUCGGAGCAGGUGUACGACUCCUGCAUGGAGGCGUUUGAUUGCCUGCCCCUGGCAGCCCUGAUGAACCAGCAGUUCCUGUGUGUGCAUGGGGGGCUUUCACCAGAGAUCCACACGCUGGACGACAUCAAGAAGUUGGACCGGUUCAAGGAGCCCCCAGCUUUUGGGCCCAUGUGCGACCUGCUGUGGGCCGACCCCCUGGAAGACUUUGGUAACGAGAAGACCCAGGAGUACUUUGGCCACAACACAGUCAGAGGAUGCUCCUAUUUCUACAGUUACCCAGCAGUGUGUGAGUUCCUACAGACCAACAACCUGCUGUCAAUCAUCAGAGCGCAUGAAGCACAGGAUGCUGGGUAUCGUAUGUACAGGAAGAGUCAGACUACAGGUUUCCCCUCCCUCAUCACAAUCUUCUCUGCUCCAAACUACCUGGAUGUCUACAACAACAAAGCGGCGGUGCUAAAGUAUGAGAACAAUGUAAUGAACAUCCGUCAGUUCAACUGCUCUCCUCACCCCUACUGGCUGCCCAACUUCAUGGACGUCUUCACCUGGUCGCUGCCUUUCGUGGGAGAAAAGGUGACUGAGAUGCUGGUCAAUGUCCUGAGCAUCUGCUCGGACGACGAACUCAUGAACGACGGAGAGGAGAUCUUCGAUGCCAGUGCAGCAGCAGCCAGGAAAGAGGUGAUCAAAAACAAGAUACGAGCCAUUGGGAAGAUGGCUAAAAUGUUCUCUGUUCUACGGGAGGAGAGUGAGAACGUGUUGACUCUGAAGGGACUGACCCCUACGGGCAUGCUGCCCAGCGGAGUGCUGUCUGGGGGCAAACAGACCUUGCAGAGUGCUACCAUUGAGGCCAUUGAAGCCAUCGAGACAGUUAAGGACGAUGAAGCCAUCCGAGGCUUCUCUCCGCAGCAUCGGAUCAGCAGUUUCGAGGAGGCUAAAGGUCUGGAUCGGAUCAACGAGAGGAUGCCUCCGCGCCGCGACGGCGUCAACAGCGUGGGCCUGUCAAUGGGCCGCAUGAACAUGGGAGAGCCCAAUGGGGCCGACAGCAACAGCAAUAUACAGUGAUGGACAUACACGCCUAUGUGCCCAGACACAUACCCACAGUUACAACAACUCUGAUAUGGUACCAUAUUUAUAGAUACGUGUACAUAGGCAUAUAAACACACGUAAAAUACACACACACACACACACACACACACACACACUGAAUAGGCUACAUACAGCAUUGCACACACACACACACACGAUUACCUACCCCAUUGCCCCGUAAGCUGUAUGUAAAGGCAUGAGCGUACCGGGACUUUACCACCAAAGGCUGAUCCUCUACACUGAACUGAUCGGCCCUAUAUAGAGAACUACAACUCCCAUGUACUUGCACAACAGCCGGAAAGAAACUACAAAAACACUCAAAACAGGAGGCGCUGCUGUUCACCGUGUACGUUGGGGAUCACCAGUGGGUUGACAGUGUCAGCAUGACGUGGCUGUGUCGGUGGUGUGUGUUGUGUCCAAGGAGGUUAGCUUCGCUUCAGAACGCGAACCUCCGAUGGCGCCAU